AUGCAAACAAUUGCAUUCUUUAAAGAUGAAGAUCUCAAAGAAACCUUUGCCAACUAAACUUCGAUGUAAAUCAUUAUUGAAACAUUUAGAAUAUAGACACUAUAUCAUGCAUAAUUAGAAGUGAGCAAAAUAAAUGAAAAUCUCCAUAAUUGA